AUGAAUGUCAACUUUUUCAAUAUACAAUUUCACCACCAAAAUUCACGAAAGGAGGCAUGGCGGAUUCAGUCGCAGUCACGUGAUGAUGAUGAUGAUGAUGAUGAUGAUGAUGAUGAUGAUGAUGAUGAUGAUGAUGAUGAGAUGAUGAUGAUGAUGAUGAUGAUGAUGAUGAUGAUGAUGAUGAUGAUGAUGAUGAUGAAUGAUGAUGAUGAUGAUGAUGAUGAUGAUGAUGAUGAUGCUUAUGAUGAUGCUUAUGAUGAUUUAAACAUACUUCCUUUUUAG